AUGGAGGGGGUCAAGCCUUGUCUAAGAAGGCCAGGGAUAGAGACGUCCUCUCAAGUGUUUGGGAACGGUCAUCUAGAGAAGUCGUCAUUAUUGAAGAGGGUAGCAGAUGUGUCAACAGAAGAUGAUUUGAUCGAUGAUUUGGACCAACUGGCAGAAGCCCUCACGGUCUACGAUGAGGAGGCCAAGAAGCUUGGUCUCAGCAUCAAUUGGAGCAAGACAGAGCUCAUGCACAUCGGAGACGGCCCGGACCCUGAGCCCCUCAUCUUCAAUCAGUGCAUCGUGAACUUCGUCUCUUCAUUCAAGUACCUUGGCUCAAUAAUCUCCAAGACAGGUGACCUGAAACCCGAGGUCAACCAACGACGCGCCCAGGCCUCAGCUGUCCUACAGUCCCUAUGGAAACCACUCUGGCGACAUCGUCAUAUCUCCCUGCAGACCAAACAACGAGUCUACAACUCCUCGGUUAUUUCAGUUCUCCUGUACGGCUCGGAAACCUGGGCACUGAACAACACUCUGGCAGCCCGGCUCGACGGAUUCGACUCUAGAGCUCUGAGGAGGAUCACUGGCACCCGUUGGCACGAGCACGUGCGCAACAGUGAACUCAGGGAGCUGACCGGACAACCUCCCGCCUCCUCCCUUGCAGCCAUGAGAAGGGUUCGAUGGUACGGGCACGUCCUCCGGCUCCCCCCAGAGCACCCCACCAGAGCCCUGCUCGAGUUCAACCCAAAGCAGGCAGGAUGGCGUCGCCCACGGGGGAAGCCCCGCACCCGCUGGAUGGACGUGGUGUCCCGAGAUCUGCGCACCAUUAACAUCACCCCCCACCAGGCGCAGCUUGCAGCGACAAACAGAGGAUGGUGGAGGUCCCUAGUGAAUUCAGUCGGCUCUACGCACCACGUGCAAGAGGACGAGUGA